CAGACCGAGACUCCCACAGAACCCAAAACCCUCUGGUUUAAGGACAAACCGCGGGAUACGGCGCGGUUUAAAGAUGAAGACCGUUCUGAUGGUCGCGGAGAAGCCCUCACUGGCGCAGGCCAUCGCCAAGAUACUGUCCAAAGGCAGCUGCUCGAGCCGUAAAGGGUUAAAUGGAGCGUGCUCGGUGCAUGAGUACAACGGCUUGUUUCAGGGACAAAAUGUCCGCUUCAAGAUGACCUCCGUGUGCGGCCACGUCAUGAGCCUCGACUUUAUCGGUAAAUAUAAUAACUGGGACAAAGUGGACCCAGCCGAACUUUUCAGCAAAGCUCCAACUGAGAAGAAAGAAGCCAACCCCAAACUCAACAUGGUCAAAUUCCUCCAGGUGGAGGCUCGGGGCUGUGACUAUGUGGUUCUGUGGUUGGACUGUGAUAAAGAGGGAGAGAACAUCUGCUUUGAGGUGCUGGAUGCGGUGCAGCCUGUCAUGACCAAACCUGAGGGCAGGGGGCGCACUGUGUUCAGAGCCAAGUUCAGCUCCAUCACAGACACAGACAUCUGGACCGCGAUGAACCGCCUGGGAACGCCCAAUCAGAACGAGGCGCUGUCCGUGGACGCCAGACAGGAACUCGACUUGAGGAUCGGCUGUGCGUUCACACGAUUCCAGACCAAAUACUUCCAGGGAAAAUAUGGAAACCUUGACUCGUCUCUCAUCUCGUUUGGACCAUGUCAGACGCCAACGCUGGGAUUCUGUGUGGAGAGACACGACAAGAUCCAAUCCUUCAAACCAGAGACCUACUGGGUCCUGCAGGCCAAGGUGUUUAGGGGGAAGGAGAGCCCUCUGACCUUGGACUGGAGCAGAGUUCGUGUGUUCGAUCGAGAUGUGGGACAGAUGUUUGUGAAUCUUGCCAAAACCUCGAAAGACGCUCAGGUGGAAUCGGUGAGUAAGAAGGAGAAGUCCAAACAAAGACCUCAGGCUCUGAACACCGUCGAGAUGCUCCGAGUUGCCAGUUCCGCUCUGGGCAUGGGUCCACAGCACACAAUGCAGAUCGCUGAGCGUCUCUACACUCAGGGGUACAUCAGUUACCCUCGCACUGAGACCACACAGUAUCCCGACAACUUUGACCUGAAGGGGGCCCUCCAGCAGCAGGCAAACUGCCCCCAGUGGAGCGCCGAGGUGAGGGAGCUGUUGGCAUCGGGUCUGAAUCGUCCGAGGAAAGGCACCGACGCCGGAGACCACCCCCCCAUCACCCCCAUGAGAGCGGCCAGUGAGGCGGAGCUCGGCAGCGACGCCUGGCGUCUGUUCGAUUACAUCACCAGACACUUCAUCUCCACUGUGAGUCAGGACUGUAAAUACCUUCAGACCUCCAUCAACUUCAGUAUCGGACCAGAGAGCUUCAGCUGCACCGGCAAGACCCUGCUCUCCCCAGGCUACACGGUGGUAAUGCCGUGGCAGGGCAUCCCCCUGGAAGAGGCACUCCCGAGCUGUGACAAAGGAGACGUGUUCUCGGUGGAGGAGGUGCGUUUGGUGGAGCGACAGACAAGUCCUCCGGAGUACCUGACUGAGGCGGAGCUCAUCACGCUCAUGGAAAAGCACGGCAUCGGCACUGAUGCCAGUAUCCCGGUGCACAUCAACAACAUCUGUCAGAGGAACUAUGUGACUGUGGAGAACGGGCGCAAGCUCAAACCCACCAACCUGGGCAUCGUCCUGGUGCACGGCUACUACAGGAUUGAUGCAGAGUUGGUCCUCCCCUGGAUCCGCAGUGCUGUGGAGAAACAGCUGACUCUCAUCGCUCUGGGGAAGGCCGACUUCACUCAGGUCCUCACACACGCUCUCGACAUCUUCAAGAGGAAGUUCCACUACUUUGUUGACUCCAUCAACAGUAUGGAUGAGCUGAUGGAGGUCUCGUUCUCGCCCAUCGCUGCUUCAGGGAAACCUCUGUCUCGCUGUGGAAAGUGUCACCGCUUCAUGAAGUACAUCCAGGCUAAGCCCAGUCGUCUUCACUGUUCUCACUGUGAUGAGACGUACAGUCUUCCUCAGAACGGAGCCAUUAAACUCUACAAAGAGCUCAAGUGCCCAUUGGACGACUUUGAGCUGGUGCUGUGGACGUCUGGAGCCCGGGGAAAGUGCUACCCACUGUGCCCCUACUGCUUCAGCAACCCCCCCUUCAGGGACAUGAAGAAAGGUCUCGGGUGUAACGAGUGUACCCACCCGUCUUGUGCCCACUCCCUGUCGUCCCUGGGCAUCGGUCAGUGUGUGGAGUGUGAGUCCGGGGUCCUGGUCUUGGAUCCGACCUCAGGCCCAAAGUGGCGCAUGUCCUGUAAUAAAUGUAAUGUGGUGGUGCACUUCUUCGAGCAUGCUCACAAAGUCCAGGUGUCCUCUGAGAGCUGUGAGUCAUGUGACGCGUCCUUGGUGGACGUGGACUUUAAUAAGGCUCGUUCUCCUCUUCCUCGUGGGGAGACGCAGCACUCGGGCUGCGUCUUCUGUGACCCCGUGUUCCAGGACCUGGUGGAGCUGAAGCACGCCACCCUAAGGCACCCCAUGCACCGAGCGGGCGGGGGGCGGGGCCGGGGCAGGGGGCGGGGCCGCGGACGGCGCCCGGGACCCAAGAAACCCAAGGACAAGAUGGCGGCUCUGGCGGCGUAUUUUGUCUGAUGUGUC